AACACCUCCUCCUCGUCGAUUUCGAUCACGACGAACGAGAGAGUAACCCGAGAGAGUCAUCUCUUCAUCAGUGAUUGUUGAAUCAAGAUUCGUCUCUUGAAAAGAUAAGAUGUCGAAGUCCUUGAAAAAGUCCCUCGCUUUCCAAUAAAACAAGAAAGAGAGGGGCCACCCUCAAGCAGUUGAAUCAUGUACGGUUAUCGGUAGACCGCGUGUAGGUUUCUCAUCAGAAGAAAACUCAAAACACAGAGAAAAGGAAGAACAGAUCAUAAGAACUAAUUGCUGCCAUUGAAAGGAAUCUGUUUAUCUCUGACACUAAAACUAAACGGACUCUAAAAGGAGAGAAAAGUUAUCGCUUUAUCAAAAAAAGGGAAAAGUUUUAAGCAUAGAACGAAAGGACUUUACUCGCUUUCGUACAGGGUUCAGUACCUACGAAAACCUUUUAUAGAGAUAAUGGAAAAGAAUCAAAAUGACUGUUGAAAUUUUACAGUAUAUUCAUUGUCAGGAGAUAGUCUUUUCACCAAACACGUUUUUCUUAAAGUCAUUAAAUCGACAAAAAUGUAUGGAAUUGAAUUUAAACUCAUCGUUAUACUUGUGGAUUGUUCUUUCGAGAACGUAUCACGUUUACAUCGACUCUGUCCGAAUUGUUCGACAGUAAUAGAACUACUAGAACUCGGGCUUCCGAUGACAAAUAUCACGUUUAAUAAAUUUUAAAACAACGGCAUGGUGGUCUCCUAGACCUGUGCAAAUCCCAUUUCUUAGCAGAAUAGUCCUUUUGUAGGCAUUUUCACCAUUUUCUAGUGAAACACUUUCAUGAGCCGGUACUGCCAGAUUAGCUUCUAUAUGUGCAGAGCUACAAAAUCACUAGCGGACAAAAAGUUUCGAAAUGUUAAGCACGUUCUCAGGAAAACGUUCAAAAAGUACAUGCUGUACAACUCUACGGGAUCUGUUUCGAAAGUGCUUGGUCAUAGACAAAAAUCUGCUUUUCUAAUUGCCCACGUCGAGUAUAUGCGAGAUAUAUGCCAUCUCACGUUCUGGAAUCCCGUAGAGUUGUACAGCAUGUACUCAAACUUUGAUAAACGAGAAAAAUCGCCUUUAAGAGCUGUUUUUUUCUAUCAUUAAAUGUUUUCUAAUCGCAACGCGAAUCCCUUCAUCGAAUAGAACUUGAAAAGGCGCAUCGAAUGCAUAUUUUGUUGUCUUAUGUUGAUAUGAUUUUAUGAGGAAAAAAUGGUUUACAAAAAAGGCCUACUUUUCGGAAAAAACGACCUUUUUAAACAUUUUCUUGAGAACGUGCUUAACAUUUCGAAACUUUUUGUCCGCUCGUGAAUUUGUAGCUCUGCACAUAUAGAAGCUAAUCUGGCGGUGCCAACUCAUGAAAGUAUUUCACUAGAAAAUGGUGAAAAUGCCUGCAAAAGGACUAAAAACAAUAAACGUGCUAACUUCGUUAUUGAGUCAAAAUGAAUUUACUGGUAACAAAAAAAAUGGUUGUCAGAAAUAAAGUACUUCUUGUUAAAACGAAUGAUUUUAUUCGAAGUUUAGUAGUUAAUUGGCUCAGCUCUGUUUUCACUGCCAUAAAUAGUAACGUAUUUUUAUUUGGUUUAGCUGUUGAUUAGAAUGUUCGGUUCUCGGUUCUGGUUCUCGACUUAGAAUCGAAACGAAAGCAACCGCGGUUUUCGGCUUAGAACCGGAAAAUAAUUUUCCAGGCAGUAACAAACAAUUCAACGAAACAGAAUUCAUUUUAUAGUAAACAAAAGGAUUGCUUGUAAAUGAUGGCAGGCAAAUAUAUCUUUUUGUAACUUUGUCAAGAGUGUGUUUUCAUUUUGUUAAAAGAAAGACAAGUCAAAAAGUCUCAGUUCCGAAACAAAGGAACAGUCUAAGAAAUUGCGGUUUCGGUUCCAUUGUCAGAACCGGCAGCGUGAUGCCGAAUUCUUCCGAUUUCCGACAAAGAAUCGAAAAUAAGAGAACCGAGAACCAAACAUCCCUACUGUUGACUGAUUUAGUCUACUUCAUUGAACCAAUUGUAUUUAUAAUAAUUGCAUUGUUCUUACACGUACAAAUGUCUCUAAUCGAGGAUCCUACAAACAAAAUCCCAUAAUAUUUAUUCAUAUGUCGACAGCAUCAUAUCGGGUUUUUUCGAAAUUUUAAGUAUUAAGCCUUCAGACGUUUUAUAAUUUAAUUAAAGACUACUUUAAAUCAACUUUUUCGUAUGUGAUAAACUUUGAAAAUUAGUGUUUCUUAUAUACUGCAUACUGGGAUAAACAAGAAGUAAAUAGACAAAACAAACGAGUACAUCUAUCACUUUAUUUCUUUACACACAGAAUCUUCGAAUAUGAAUUGAGUUUCACAUCCGCUCUCUGUCGGUCAGUGUCUGAUCAUCUUCAUCUUGACCAAUUAUAGAGAUACUGGUUUCUUUUAGAAUUCCGAAAUAAAUAAAUAGUUCCAAUACAUCAGUUUAUGUGUGUUUAUUAAAUCUCUAUGAGAUGAGAAACAAUUCUUGUCUGACGUUAUAGAAUUUAUGUUAUUGUUUUUACUCUCUAUGAUGUUUUAGAUGUUUAUUGGUCUUCAUUAUUUACUCUGCAAUCGUUGUCCAUCAUCAUUCUCGUUAUAUUUAUCGUUUUAUCGUCUAUUAGGUGUAACAAAAACGGAUGUUGUAUCAACCUCAAAAUUGAUUCAAACUCUUUUGAAAUCACAACAAGACAAUAAAAAUAAUUCUUUACCAAAGACUGAAACGAUAUUAUUUUCGACUGAACAAUUAAUUAGCCAUGUAGAACAAGAAACAAUAUCUCCAUUGAACCAAUGGAUACUCAAUUGUUUAGAUGUUAUUCAUGAUGCUAAUACAACACAAAUUCGUCCGAUGAAAUUCGAUUUUAAUCAAAAUUCAUCAAAAUUAAAUUUACUCUAUGAACAAUUGGAAAACUAUCGAAUAGGAUCAAAUCAACAAAUAUUUCCAUUAGAAGAUGCAUUACUCUAUUUAAGAUAUGUUCGAUUAAUAAAUGUGGCAUUUAUUUAUCGCUACAUUA